AUGAAGCACGACGCGACACGGGAGGGAUACGACGUCCGGCGGGAGGACCACGUCCGGCGGGGGACGAAGCACGACUCGACGUCCGUCGGGAGGAACGAAGCACGACUCGACGUCCGUCGGGAGGGACGUACCUUGACUGGAUGUCCGUCGGGAGGCAUGAAGCACGAAGCGACGUCCGUCGGGAGGAAUGAAGCACGACGCGACGUCAGUCGAAAGGAACGAAGCACGACGCGACGUCAGUCGAAAGGAACGAAGCACGACGCGACGUCAGUCGGGAGGGACCUCGACGUCAGUCGGGAGGGACCUCGACGUCCGGCGGGAGACGAGGCACGGCGAGAGGGACGAAGCACGACUCGACGUCCGGCGGGAGGGACGAGGCUCGACGCGACGUCCGGCGGGAGGGACGAGGCUCGACGCGACGUCCGGCGGGAGGGACGAGGCUCGACGCGACGUCCGGCGGGAGGGACGAGGCUCGACGCGACGUCCGGCGGGAGGGACGAGGCUCGACGCGACGUCCGGCGGGAGGGACGAGGCUCGACGCGACGUCCGGCGGACGGGACGAGGCUCGACGCGACGUCCGGCGCGAGGGACGAAGCUCGACGCGACGUCUGUCGGGAGGGACGAGCUCGCUCGACGCGACGUCUGUCGGGAGGGACGAAGCUCGACGCGACGUCUGUCGCGAGGGACGAAGCUCGACGCGACGUCUGUCGCGGAGGGAUGAAGCUCGACGCGACGUCUGUCGCGAGGGACGUCUCUCGUCGCGACGUCCGUCGCGGGGACGACGCUCGACGCGACGUCGUCGCGAGGGACGAAGCUCGACGCGACGUCUGUCGCGAGGGACGAAGCUCGACGCGACGUCUGUCGCGAGGGACGAAGCUCGACGCGACGUCUGUCGCGAGGGACGAAGCUCGACGCGACGUCUGUCGCGAGGGACGAAGCUCGACGCGACGUCUGUCGCGCGGGACGAAGCGCGACGCGACGUCUGUCGCGAGGGACGAGGCUCGACGCGACGUCGUUCGCGAGGGACGAAGCUCGACGCGACGUCCGGCGGGACGUAGGACGAGGCUCGACGCGACGUCCGGCGGGGGGGACGAGGCUCGACGCGACGUCCGGCGGGAGGGACGAGGCUCGACGCGACGUCCGGCGGGAGGGACGAGGCUCGACGCGACGUCCGGCGGGAGGGACGAGGCUCGACGCGACGUCCGGCGGGAGGGACGAGGCUCGACGCGACGUCCGGCGGACGGGACGAAGCUCGACGCGACGUCCGGCGGGAGGGACGAAGCUCGACGCGACGUCUGUCGGGAGGGACGAAGCUCGACGCGACGUCUGUCGGGAGGGACGAAGCUCGACGCGACGUCUGUCGGGAGGGACGAAGCUCGACGCGACGUCUGUCGCGAGGGACGAAGCUCGACGCGACGUCUGUCGCGAGGGACGAAGCUCGACGCGACGUCUGUCGCGAGGGACGAAGCUCGACGCGACGUCUGUCGGGAGGGACGAAGCUCGACG